CUCCAAGUAGACCAGCGGCAGCGGCGGCGGCGGCGGCGGCGGUGCCGGAGGCGCUGAGGGAGGCGCAGGCGGAGCCGGGCGGGCGCGCGAGCGAGCCAGUGGGCAGCCGGGCCGGCGGGAGAGCGGCGGCGGCGGCGGCACCGGCACCCCAGGCCGAGCCGGCGCGGGAGGAGUUCCAGGGCGAUGGGGCCGCGGCCGGGGCUGACGCUUUGACAGCUGGAAAGAGCGCGGAGCCAGCGCCUGGGGGGGAGGGAGGGGAGCGCGGCGAGGAGAGCGCGAGCGAGUGAGCGAGCGAACGCCGGGGAGGGGGCCGGGAGCGAGGGGGCAGCUCGGGAGCAGCCGGAGCGGUAGCGGCGGCGGCGGCGGCGGCGAGGCUCGGCGCCCUCUUCUCUGCAAACCAUGUUUGCCAAAGGCAAAGGUUCGGCGGUGCCCUCGGACGGGCAGGCUCGGGAAAAAUUAGCUUUAUACGUCUACGAAUAUUUACUGCACGUAGGAGCACAGAAAUCUGCACAGACCUUCUUGUCGGAGAUUCGAUGGGAAAAAAACAUCACGUUGGGAGAACCGCCUGGGUUUUUGCACUCGUGGUGGUGCGUAUUUUGGGACCUUUACUGUGCAGCUCCUGAAAGGCGAGACACUUGUGAACAUUCAAGUGAAGCAAAAGCCUUUCAUGAUUACAGCGCAGCCGCCGCCCCGAGCCCCGUGCUUGGCAACAUUCCCCCCAACGAUGGGAUGCCGGGAGGCCCCAUCCCGCCAGGUUUCUUUCAGGGUCCUCCGGGGUCACAGCCCUCGCCGCACGCACAGCCUCCACCUCACAAUCCCAGCAGCAUGAUGGGACCCCACAGUCAGCCUUUUAUGUCACCGCGAUACGCAGGCGGCCCCCGGCCCCCGAUCAGAAUGGGAAACCAGCCUCCGGGAGGAGUUCCUGGGACACAGCCACUGCUGCCCAAUUCCAUGGAUCCCACGCGACAACAAGGGCACCCCAACAUGGGAGGAUCAAUGCAGAGAAUGAACCCUCCCCGAGGCAUGGGGCCCAUGGGGCCCGGCCCACAGACUGACGCUUGGUUAUCGUUGCAGAAUUACGGCAGCGGCAUGAGACCACCACCCAACUCCCUUGGCCCCGCCAUGCCCGGGAUUAACAUGGGCCCGGGAGCUGGCAGACCCUGGCCCAAUCCUAACAGUGCUAACUCAAUUCCAUAUUCCUCCUCAUCACCCGGCACCUACGUGGGACCCCCUGGUGGUGGCGGCCCCCCAGGAACACCCAUCAUGCCUAGUCCUGCAGAUUCAACAAAUUCCAGUGACAACAUCUACACAAUGAUUAACCCGGUGCCGCCUGGAGGCAGCCGGUCCAACAUACAAAGUGGUUGGACAUCUUUGGAGAGCUGGAAGCGAUUCCUACAGAUCCAAAAACCUGUGCACUUCCCGAUGGGUCCAGGCUCGGACGGCCCCAUGGGGGGCAUGGGUGGCAUGGAGCCACACCACAUGAACGGCUCGUUAGGGUCAGGUGACAUAGAUGGACUUCCAAAAAAUUCUCCUAACAACAUAAGUGGCAUUAGCAAUCCUCCAGGCACCCCUCGAGACGAUGGUGAGCUAGGAGGGAACUUCCUCCACUCCUUCCAGAACGACAAUUAUUCUCCAAGCAUGACGAUGAGUGUGUGAUCCCCCCUCCUCUUCUCUGAGACGCUGAGAGAGCCGGCAUUGCAGGCGGGAAGAUGCCAGAAAUUAUGCAAGAAGAAGUGAGGUGUCAUUACCCAGGAGCUGGGGGAGGGGCAUCUCCUGCUCCCCCUCAACCCUCCCCCUCCCCUCCCCCAACCUUUCUCAAUUUUAGUUUCAUGCAAUAAAAAGGCCGAACUUUUUAUUCCAUAAAACAUGAAGGACAAAACUCAAAAAUAUAUUUCAAGUCAAUGACCAGAAAAAUCCCACCCCUUGCCCUUUCCCAAAAGGACCUUUUAUGUACAUGACACAUUUUUGUUGUUUUUUGUUUGGGGUUUUACCGUUGUUGGGAUUUUUUUAAUUUGUUUUCAGGGGGGUUUUUUGGGGGAAAAAUUUUUAAAAAUGGAAGCUUCUAGCAAGCCCCCCCGACCCCAAUCAACCUCUUUGCUUUCUUCUUUAAAAAAAAAAAAAAAAGGACAAAAAAAAAAGCGAAAAACGAAAAACAAAAAACAAAAACCCAAGCCCUGUUGUCUGUCUGUACCCAAGCCCUUCCACCAGGAAAGCUAGUCUAGGUGUGAGAUCUCACCUGUCUUUGUAGCCAUCUAAAAAUAAUAAUAAUAAUUAUAAUAAACUGGGCAGUUUACAAUCGGUGGUUUCUUUCAAACGGCCUUUUUGGGAAAGAAAAAAGGAGUCACCCUUUUCCACUUGGGGUUUUUGGUUUGUGCUGACGGGCAAGGGAAGGGCAGGAACCUGUCUUGUUUCUGCUUGGUCUCCUGGCGAGGUGGCAACAGCAGCUGCACAGCUUCGACCCCAGACCCCCUCCCCCGUUACGUGGCCGGAGGGGCCAGACCACCGACCGCUUUCAGGAUCCCGCCCCAGCGGAGCCAUGCUGCGACCCAGUGGCAUGCACUGUGUUCCCAGGACUGCUUCCUCUCUCUUCUGGACCUCUCCCCGCCCAGCGUCCCGCCCUCCAGCCCCCUCCUCAGCCCCCACCCCAGUCUUCCCAGUGAGAAUCCUGCCAGCGGGGUGGUGGCCUGGAGCGGAGUGGGGGAGGCCGCCCCGACAGGAUGGCUAUGACCUGGGACAUGGAAACUGUGACCUCCGCGUUCUCAUCCUUCGAAUCGUCCUCCUUGUGUGUGCAGGCAGUGGAGGGCUGGAGUUUGGGUUUUCUUUUUUUUCCCUCUUGAUUCUUCUUUUUCAAAAAUGGGAUAUUGACCAGAAUUGCUCUGUGUGCGCUUGGAACUGGAUAGAGAGACUUUGGAAUAGCUGUGGGGGACAGGGGGGACGCCAGCAACCAAACAGAUGUGCUGUUUCCGGUCCUGUUUUUAUUUUCAAAAACCGACAAAUGCGACAGUGGAGCCUGUCCCCUCCCAGGAGGGGUGACUUGUGGCCUCCCUCACCUCACCACCCCCCAUCGAAACCUCUGUGUCUUGCCCUGAAGACACCAGAAUUCUUUGUACAUUUACAUCCCUCCUCCUCCUCCUCCCCUGUAGCUGGUCUUUGUUUUCGUCCCUCCCUUUCUGAUCCAUGUAUAUCAUAUUAUGUGAGAUAUCAUCUGCCUGAAAAAAGACCUUGUGCGGAUUAUUGGGAACAUUGUAGCUGUUUCUGUGUUUUUUCUUACCUUGUAGUCUGGUUCUGAAUUAAGAGAGGAAAAAAAAGUAAUUAUGAUACAUUGUAGUUUGUGUACGAUAUAUGUUGAUAACGUUUUAUUAAAGGGACAUCUUUUUUC